AUGUCUCUGCGCUUUUCAACGCAAAAUUCCAAAGUUCAAAAUCAAAUAAUUAUAUUAAAACAUCAUAAAGAUGAUCAUGAAGACAAUCCAUGUUUUGACUGUGUGAAUCCUUGUUCAACCCAUCCUUCAUACCCUUCAUAUCUUAAAAUUGAUUAUAAUUCUCCAUUGGAAGACACACUAAAGCCAUAUUUCAAACAUGUUUUAAUUUCAACGGGUAAAGCAGAUUGGAUAACCAGAGUAGAAGAUGAUUCUGCAAGUUUGGCGGGUCAACUACAUAAAAUUAUUAAAGCCAAUGAUAGUAGUAAGUCAGAAAAAUUGCCUCGUAUAGUUAUCACUAAUAGUAGUCGAGAGAAUACUGAUAACGACCCAAAAUUUUUAAAAGGAAAUGAUGUUCUCCUAUUUCCUGAUAAUAUUUUAAUUCGUAAUGUAAACCCAAAUAAUGCUUCAGAAUUUUUUAAAACCUUUUUAUUGCCCCCACCGUCAUCACCACCAUCACCAUCACCAUGGUCACAUAAAGAUCAAAACAUUUCUUUUCAAGUAGAUCCAACGCCAUACAAAGCUGUCAUAGUAAUAUGUUCACAUAAACGACGUGAUAAAAGAUGCGGUAUAACCGGACCAAUAUUAAAAAAUGAAUUUGAUCGAAUAUUAAAAGAUAAAGGCUUAGACGUAGAAAGGAAAAAAAAUGAAGGUGUGGCUGUGUUUUUAAGUAGUCAUACUGGAGUUUAUCGAGAUGGUCAAGGCAUAUGGUAUGGACGUGUGAUUCCAUGUCAUGUUGAAAGUAUAAUAGAGUCAACUGUCAUCGAAGGAAAAGUAAUAAAAGAUUUAUAUCGAGGAUCAAUGAAUGGAAGUUUUGCACCAGGAAAAGUUAACUCUAGAGAUACAAUCUUGAGCUCUGUUUCGUCAAGAGUUGUAAUCCUGAAAAUUGAUGACACAUUAACAGUUCCUUCAAUGGCAGAUGGUUAUAUCUUGCUUGGAGAAUUAAAUAUAUUUCCACCAGAGUAA